AUGGAGGUAGAAGUGCUGAUGGAAGUGAUGGAGGUGGUCGCCGGAGCAAAGCCCUCGGACGCCCGGCCGAACCAAACACGAGUCGCCGAGGCGGACGAGCACGCGUGGAAGAUGGCGGCACUGGCCGAGGUCGAUCCGGUCGCGGAGGUCGAUCUGGUCGCGGAGGUCGAGGUGGUCGAGGUGGUCGAGGUGGUCGAGGUGGUCGAGGUGGUCGCAGAGCCUGGACGCGCCAAUGUGUUUGUCCAUAGGAACAGCGCUUCGUGCCAGCUCGGCGAGGGUCUGCGGGUGGCGUACAAGGUGCGGGACGGACGACGCGGGCCGGCAGCGUACGACGUCGAGCCACGCGGGCCAGAGCGGAUCCACUGGCGGGCCUGGGCUCUGGCGCCCGGUGCACCGAUGGCUUUCAAGGCCCGCGUCAAGGCCUACGUCCGCUUCAACGAGAGCUGGAAGACCUUGGGCAAGGGCACCUUUGCCGUCCAUGCCCUCGAUGCGCCCGAAGGCCGCCACCACGCCACGCUCUGGGCCACUCUCGACCAGCUGCUGCCGCCCAUCUCGCUCGCUCGCGUCCGCCUUGUUGACCAGGACAAGGAGCCUGCCUCACUCUACCUCCACGCCAUCGUCCCGCUCGUCUGCCAGAUCCGGCUCCGCGACUACCCGGCAGCACUCGGCCUCGCCCGCGCCCUCAACUCCAACGCGGCGUGGUCGGGCUCUGUGGCCGGCGCUGCACUCGCGUUUGAUGACGUGCGUGCGGGAACGGGUCUCCUCCCGGAGCCGCAUCUCGCGAGCUCGGCUCUUGCGCUCUGCCCGCCGCAAUCGCGCCUCGAAGUCGCGAGCUCCCGGCUGUCUUUCAUUCUCGCUGCCGCCGCUGACGCCGACGCCGAUGCCGCUGUUACUGCCGAUUGGCGGGCCGCACCCGAGUGGCGCGUUGCCGAAAGCGGCGGCCCACUCACUCUCGAGCUACCGCCGGCGCAGACCCACAUGCUCCGUGCAGUUGCGCUCGAUGAUGGCGUCGUGGCCGUGGCGCUCGACGUCGAGCGGUUCUUCUGCCUCGCAUGCAUCCGGUCCUCGGAGGACAUGCGAGUGAAGGAGAUGCAGUACCUGCAGCGGACGAUCGAGGCCAAGGCAGGCCAUGUGGCGCGCCAUCAUCCGCUGGCGGCGGCGCCAUCGCUAGCCCGGCUGCCUGCCAGCAAGCCAGCAAUGCAGCCUGCGGCGUCAUCAUCGGCGCGGUCGUCCCUACCACUCACCGCCGAGCAGCUAGUCGAGCGGCUUGCAGAUGCGCUUGCCAAGCUUGCGGCUUGCAGUGAGUCCUCGCUCGAUAGCCUUCGCGGCCGUGCGCAUCGCGAGCGGCUGCAGCUCCUGCGCCACAUCUCAGUGUUGGCGAGCAAGGUGGCAGCGAGUGUGGCCAAGCCCGAUGUCGACCCCGGCACCGCCGCCGAUGGCGAGAAGCUGGUGGCGGCAGCGCAGAGCAUCACCGCGACCGCACUCGGCCACGUCGACGCCCACGCCGAGGCUCGGCAGCUGGUGUCACGAGGCGAGAGCCUCGGCUCGUGGCUUGACUCGGUGGUGGCGGUGACCGACGCCAAGCCUGCGGCAACGCCCGACGGCCUCGACCUUGAGCUCCUCCCGCAUCAGCGGGUAGGCCUCGGUUGGAUGCGGGCCCAGGAGGCCGGCUCAUUUGCCGGCGGCGUCCUCGCCGAUGGCAUGGGCCUCGGCAAGACCAUCCAGUCGCUGGCGCUGGUGGUUGGAUCCCUGGCUGAGGCGCGGGCGUGGCAGGCCGAGGCCGGAGCCGGCGAGCCCCGCGGCGGCACGCUCGUUGUCGCGCCGCUCUCGCUCCUUCGCCAGUGGCAGGCCGAGCUGGGCCGGUUUGUGGUCGACGCUGUCGGCCUCGACGUCGUCCUCUACCAUGGAUCUGGGCGGCGCUCGCUCGAGCUCGGCUCGGCCGACGUCGUGCUCACCACGUACGGCACCCUCGUCUCCGAGCCGCAGCCCGGCGGCAUGGCCGGCUGGUUUCGGAUCAUGCUCGACGAAGGCCACGCCAUCAACAACUUGGCGACGCAGCGGGCGGCGGCGGCGCUGGCGCUCGAGGCCCAGCACCGCUGGAUCCUCACCGGCACCCCCAUCUCCAACACCCUCCACGACAUCGGGUCGUACCUGGCCUUCCUCCGCGUCCCCGGCCUCGACGCCAAGCCCGCGUUCCAGGCCCGGGUCAUCGAGACCGGCCUCGCCGGCCGCACUCUCCUCUCCUCGGUCCUUGUCAAGUGCAUGCUUCGCCGGACCAAGGAGGUGCUGGAAAAGGCGUUGCCGGAGCGGACAAUCUCGGUGGUGAGGCUUGAGCCGAGCCCGGAGCAGGCGGCGCUGUAUGCUGCGCUGCACGAUCGCGGCAAGUCGCUGCUCACUGCCCGCUGCGGCGGCGAGCUCCCGCGUGGCGCCCUGCUCACGCUCUACAUGCGAAUGCAGCAGACAUGCGCAUCGCCCGAGCUGGUCCCCGCUCAGCUGCGCGCAGAACUUGCACCGGUGCAGGCGCAAGUGCCAAACAAUGAUGAUGACGGCCUCGGAAGCCUGGUGGCGCAGAUGGGCGCGCUCGAUCUGGGCAACGCCGCACUUGAAAGCGGCCAAUGUGAGAGUGACGACGCGGCGUGUGCGCACUGCUCGGGGCCCGGCGCCGGAAGUGUAAGCGGGCGGAGCGCAAGAUGCUGCGGCGCGUUCCAGUGCAACGAGUGCGCGGCGCUGCUUGACGAGGCCGCAGCCCGGCACGGCGACAUCGCCGAGACCUGCCCGUACUGCGGGCAGGCGCGCGAGUUCAAGUGGGAGGCGCGCGCUGUGGUGGCUCAGGACGGGGAUCGCCGGCUGUCGUCGGCCAAGGUUGACUAUGUGGUCCGAGCGCUGCAGCAGAUGGUGGCGGAGGACGACGGCGUCAAGGCAAUUGUGUUCUCGCAGUGGACAACCAUGCUGAGUGUGGUGGGCGACGCGCUUGGCACGGCCGGGCUCGAGUAUGUGCGGCUCGACGGGACGAUGUCGUCGAACGAGCGGGCGGCGGCUGUGGAUGCGUUCAAGGAGCGUGACUCGCUGCGGAUCUUCCUUGUCUCGCUCAAAGUCGGCGCGCUGGGCCUCAAUCUGACUGCGGCAUCGCGGGUCUUCAUGAUGGACCUGUGGUGGAAUCCGGCGGUGGAGGAGCAGGCCUUUGACCGGGUCCACCGCAUCGGGCAGAGCCGGGCGGUGGCCAUCGAGCGGCUGGUCAUUCGCGACUCUGUAGAGGAGAGGCUGCUCGCGGUGCAGGCGCUCAAGGCGCGGAUGGCUGACCGAGUGCUCUCGUACGCCGACGCCAAUGCAAGCGUGCGGAGCAGGCGCGCGCUCGGCGACGGCGAGCUGGCAGCGGUCUUUGGCUGAGCAUGCACGGGCAGGACAUGCCGAGCGAGCGAGGGAGAGAGAAAGGCGUUUACUUCUUCUUCUUGUCGUGCACGCACUUGGGCUUGAGAUCGAGGCCGCCGCAUGCUGCCGCGAGGAUAAAGUAGAAGAUGAGGAUGACGACCACGGC